AUGAUUGGGUCCCUAAACUCGUGUGAACAACAAGAUGCAAGCAUCAGCCAAACCGGGAUAUUCACCACUUGGUUCUCCGGGGACGUCGUUCAUCAAAAGCGAUGUACUAAAAAGCCCAGUUCUAGCUUUAGUGGCUGAAAAACUGGAAAAAACGCCUGCUCAGGUUGCGCUCCGUUUACAAAUGGGUCAUAGCAUACUUCCCAAGAGUACAAGCCAAUCUCAAAUCAAAGAAAAUUUUGAUGUCUUUGAUUGGUCAAUUCCUGAUGACUUGUUCACUAAACUCUCUUAUGAGAUUGAGCAGGCUAGGCUGCUGAGAGGUACUUCUUUUAUGGAUGAGACUCAUGGAUCCUACAAGACCCUUGAGGAACUCUGGGAUGGUGAAAUAUGACAUAUAGGGUUGUUUAUUUUAUAAUUAAUAAUAUGUUAAGAACGGGUAGAAUGCUUUAAUUGUCUAGAAUGGUUAUGGAUUUCAUUUGGGAUUUAUUUUUAAAUAAUAUUGCAUUGAUAACACUUAAUCUA